AUGGGAAGGAGCUUUCCAAACUGUCACAAGAACAGACAUUAGAGGCCCUACGGACAUCCAAGGACCCCCUAGUGAUUCAAGUGCUCCGUCGCAGCCCUCGAACUAAAGGGGGUGGUUCUUCCCAUGACCUCCAGUUUGUGGACAAUGGCACCCAGACUGACAUCACAUUUGAACACAUUAUGGCGUUGGGAAAGAUUCGACCACCAACGCCACCCAUGGUGGUCCUUGAGCCCUACCUUCUUCCACCACUUGGCCAUGAAUAUUAUGAUCCCAAUGAUUACAUGGAGGGCAGUCAUCAUGAAGUGGACCGAACUGAUGAACUGGAAUAUGAAGAGGUGGAGCUGUAUAAGCCAAGCCACAAGGAAAAGCUGGGACUGACAGUGUGUUACCGGACAGAUGAUGAAGAAGAUUUGGGAAUUUAUGUUGGAGAGGUUAACCCUGACAGUAUUGCAGCUAAGGAUGGACGAAUUCGAGAAGGCGAUCGCAUUAUCCAGAUCAAUGGCGUGGAUGUUCAGAACCGGGAAGAAGCAGUGGCAAUACUGACUAGAGAGGACAGCACCAACAUCUCUCUGCUUGUUGCUCGACCUGAGACAGAGUUGGGCAAACGGUGGAGGGAUAGUGACAGAGAUGACCUCCUGGAUGAGUUUGGGUCUGAAAAUGAGGAAGAACUUAGAGCUCUGCGACUGAAAUCCUCAUCUCAACAAGAGAUUGAAAAUGAUGAUGAUGAAAAGGGGACACCAGACACUGUGACUGUAUUAAGUAACAGCCAGGAACUAGAUAGUGGUGUUGGCCGUACUGAUGAGAGCACCCGCAAUGAAGAGAGCUCUGAGCAUGACAUUCUUGGGGAUGACCAAACUAGCACCACAAAUACCACCAACACACCAGGCAGCUUACGCAAGUUCCGCUUCAAGAGUGACACCCUGCAAAGCCGGGAUUUCCACUUCAGUACUGACUCCCUGCUAGCAGCUGAUGGCAUGAGUCUUGGAGACAUGCCAGGACUGACAGAGGAAGAAUAUGAGAGGUACCGGGAACUUCUGGAAAUUAAGUGCCAUUUUGAGAAUGGAAAUGAGCUGGGACUAUACUAUCAAAGAGGGAAUGCCCUCGAUGUCAACAGAAAUGAAAACAUUAAUCAUGAGAUGGCCAAGCUUGAAGAGGAGCUAAGGCACUUAGAAUUUAAGUGCAGGAACAUCCUGAGGGCCCAGAAGAUGCAGCAGCUAAGGGAAAGGUGCAUGAAGGCUUGGCUGCUGGAAGAAGAAAGCAUGUAUGACUUUUGUGCUUCUACAGAACCCAAAAAGCAUGAGCUCUCAGAUAUCACAGAGCUGCCAGAGAAGUCAGAUAAAGAUAGUACCAGUGCAUAUAACACUGGAGAAAGCUGCCGUAGUACCCCACUAAUGGUUGAGCCUUUGCUUGACAGCCCCCUACGACGUGUGACUGACACAAUUUACAAGCAGGGUGCAGAAAAAUCUCCUAGUAACUGUAACCUUAAUAGAACCUCUCAGAAACCAAUGCUUCCCUAUGCAGGGAGUAGAGAAGGUAGCCCUGCCAAGUUUCGAUCUCUGUCCCGCGAUGGAGAAGGUAGACGACAUUCAGAGGACAGAGUUCGACGUAGUCCUAAAGCUUCUGCUGCCCAUAGUAGCACUUUGGAGAGAACAUGCGGAGAUGCAAGCCCCUACUUGUCUAGGCGCCACCGUUCUACCACUGUUCAAGGUCAGCUUAGUGAGCGCUACCAGAGUUGUGUACAGCUGAGCCAGAAUCGACUGGCUGAGGAAUUUGUGCACAGUCCCAUGAGUUUAGUAAACAUGUGCAAGGACUCUUUAGGUCAAAAGGCAUCAGUGCAGUCUGAGCCUCGAAUGGAAUGGAAAGUGAAAGUGAGAAGUGAUGGCACUCGCUAUGUGGCAAAACGUCCUGUCCGAGACAGGCUACUAAAGGCAAGGGCCAUGAAAAUUCGGGAGGAACGUAGUGGGAUGACUACAGAUGAUGAUGCAGUUAGUGAGAUGAAGAUGGGGAGAUACUGGAGCAAGGAGGAAAGAAAACGUCAUCUGAUCCGUGCACGAGAACAGAGAAAACGCCGGGAGUUCAUGAUGCAAAGUCGACUUGAAUGUCUGAAGGAACAGAAUGCAGAAGGUAAGAGUGAGAUGAGCAUCAUUGCUUUGAGCCAUAAGAAGACCAUGAAGAAACGCAACAAGAAGAUCCUUGAUAAUUGGAUUACAAUCCAGGAGAUGCUGGCCCAUGGGACACGAUCAGCUGAUGGGAAACGGGUUUAUAAUCCACUUCUUUCAGUGACAACUGUAUAAAACUACAUGGAAUGGAAUAGUAGAAUAUCACUUUUUCUGAUCACUUCUGACACAAAACAUCAUUUCUCUUCCUGCUUUAUCACAUCAAGGGGGCAUUCUGUGCCAUAUCGUGUGCAUUUAGUCACCUUGCAAAUAGAAUGUGCCAACAUAGCCCCCGAGGAUAAAGAUGUUUAGCAUAGCACACAUGGACUACAGCCCUGUAUUUGCUUCUUAAAAAUAGCACAAAAGAGGCUUAGCUUUUAAUGUAGCUGUAUUUUUGGAAGAGUUACCAGAUGCUGCCAAUGCUCUAACCCUUCUGCAAUGCUGCUGGUGUCUGUCUUUCAGCCUGUUCUCUUAUCUAUUGUUCUAUCUAAACAAUCUUGAACCUGACCCUCAUUAUGUAACCACAUAAUGAGUAGGAUUAGAUCGCCUUUCCUGCUUCUCAUUCUAAUCCAAGAGCUGUACAGACCCAGUUCUAUUUUUAUAACCAUGCUGUCUGUAGCAAUACAUUUAACCUUGUCCUACCUAUCAGUGGGGAUAAUGUAGUUUUAAAAACAGAGAAGUGCAUAGGAUGGUUAUAACAUGAUUAUUUAUUAAGAAGAGUUAUACAAAGAAUAUAGGGGAAUCAAAUAAUAAGGAGCAUGUGUUUAGGUUUUACUGCCAUAUGCUGCCACAGUCUUAACUUUUCUGUAAAAAUUAGCUUUUUGCUGAGAAGUUUUACUUCAUGAAGUUAAACUCUAAAUUUGAUACAGCAUUAAACUCCAAAACUAAGACCUUAUAGAGAUGGGCACCAACUUUUAAAUCAGUAGCUUUUGCAUUCCAACAAUAAAUCAUUAUAUAUUGGAUUAGCUACAUAUUUCAAAUAAGCAAUCAGUAAGUGUAUUACUGGGCUUAAGCUCAGAGCAAGCUAUAAAGCUCAUGCUAGUUUUAUUUCCAUAGCCAGCUAUAAACAUCCUAAAGCAGCACUUGUCCAAAAUGUAUAAACAAAACAGGAAUAAUGAUCCAGUAUGUAAAAGCCUUUUAAGGGGAAGUUCUUUAACUUGUAGACAUACAUUCAAAACCUGAGACAGUGUUUAAGUCAGUAAUAUAGAUGAGACAACUAUAGAAAUAUGUACAUAGAUAAACAUAUAUA